GCUUUUUCUGUUGUUUCAAAGCUGCUAUCUCAGCGUAAACUUGACCUGCUGGAUGAACUUGUAUCAGCAGAGGUACUUCAGGUGCUGAAGGAAAAGCUGUCUUUGCUCCCUGACAACCACAGGGAUGCUUUAGCAGCUGACAUUGAUGCAAUCAUGUACACAACAGAAGGAGAUGUUCGCAUUUACUAUGAUGAUGAUGGAAGAAAGUUUGUUAGUAUCCUGAUGCGUUUUUGGUAUCUGAAUGGUGCUAACCUACCUGAUGAAGUACCAGGUGAAACCAAAGUUUUCCAGAUUGUGUUUGGAGAUGAAAGCACAGAAGAGAAAAGACAUCUUUUAACAGCAAACUAUGAGUUCCAAAGGGAAUUUACAGAAGGAGCAAAACCAGACUGGACAAUUACAAGGAUUGAACAUCCAAGGCUAUUGGAAUAAAUGCCUUCUACAGUCUUUUUAUGUACCAUUGUAAAUGUUGUGAUGUAACAAAUAUCAGGCUUUUUUGUCUCUCUUUUCCCUUCCUGCCUUCUCCUUCAAAAGAGGGAUGAAUUUUGUAUGUUUGAUUUCCCAGAAUUGUUUCUGAAACUCACACUGUGCUGUGGCAUUACAAUAAAGCCUUUUCCCUGGAGCAGGCUAGUACAAGUUUAAUUAGUGCUAAUGCUCGUCCAAGGCAUUUACACAGCACAGUUUCACGCAGGCUGGUAUUACAAGUGUGUCAACUUCUUAUAUUCUGAGAAGAAAUGGUAUUACUUGAAGAUAACACUUUUAUGGCUAGUGGCCCUUCU